ACGGUCUCUGUACCCCCAGGGGCCCUGGGGCUGGAGGCAUGGGGAGGGCCCCCGGAAGCUUUGGCAAAGUCCCAUCCUGCCCCGAGGCGAGCCGGCCCGGCUCUGCCCCCACCUCUGGGCUUCAGGCCCCUCUGAGAUCAGUGAGAUGGCGUUGGCCGGACAGGACCUUUGAUGAGACCCUUUGCUGGGAGCUGGGCCGCUGUGACCCACUGCCGGGGCUGGUCCUUCCGAGGCCACCCUGUUCUUGGGGCUUGGAGAUGGGGUGUACAGAGGGCUCCCAGGAGAAGCUUCUGGACCUGAACUAGGCACCCUGGUGUGGCCUCCCUGCUUCCAGCUGCUCCGUUUAUUAAGGCCUGGGGUGAGGCCAAGACAGUGGAGGCUGCCCUCUGCCAUGCAUCCCCUAUAGCUCCUGGCCUGACUGCUGGGCUGCCCAGGAGGAGUGUUCUAGGGGCGCCACCACAGUGGGAGGCUUCCUGGAGGAGGUGGCACUGACCUGGGCACAGAGGGGAGUGUCAGAGAUGGUGGGCCCAGCACAGGGUGUGGGGGGACAGCGAAGGGCUCCUUACCCAGGGGGGAAAAGCUGAGCCCUUCGUCGGCCAGGGCCUCGAACACCAGGCAGAGAGCGGCCUUAGCUCCAAGGGUGCCUGGGAGGCAGAAGGGGGAUGUGGGCCGGCAGUGGGGGCCAGCAGGCUCGGUGUAGCGGUGCUGGCAGUCCUUACGACUGUGCUCGUCGGUGCGGGGAGGCGGGGUGGUCCCUGGCCUCCUGCCGGCAGCCCUGCUGGCAGCCAGCACACCGUAAAACACGGACAUUUAAGGCCCCCUCUCCAUUUCAUGUGUGCAUUGAUUGCGUUCAGGGUGGGUGGGAAUGGAUUUAUAAUUAGACAACAGUCCUGGCAAUCAAUAGGGAGAUUAUUAGAACCAUAAAUAGAACUUUAAGACUCAGAUGAGGUAAUUUCCCUUGAACUAGGGCAUCAAUCAUUAGGAGUGGCCCUGGAAUGUUAGGAUAUUGUGUGUUAGGCUCCAGAAUUAAAUACUUCUGGAGGGACGUGCUGUGAAUCCCCACCGCAGCCCCGCAGUGGUCCUGGGUGCCACUGUUCCCAGGAAGACGUGGAUCUGGCUGGCGGAGUGGGCAGGGGCUGCCGUCCUCUUUGUCCCAGUGCCCAGCAGGGCUGCUCCAGAGACUCCAGCCCUCCCGGAGGGGUGGUCUUUGGAGGGGGAGGUGGGGGCCCAGAGCAUCCUGGGUGCUGUGGCCUUGAGCCUGCCCCGUGGCCCUACUGCAGGUCAGGCCAUGGGUGUGGCCACGCGGGGAGCCCGCGUCCGGGGGAGCACCCCCCGCCAGCCGUGGCUGUGAUCAAGGCCACGGCCCACUUCCCGAGUCUGGGGGCCCAGUGCUCAGCCCCUUCCGGGUUCUCCCCCCUCCUGGGCGUGUGCUGAUGCUUCCUGGCUGUGGGGCCCCCCGGCGGGAUGGCCCGGCAGUUGCUUUCCAGACUGUCGGCGAGGCAGCGCUGCGGCCACGGAGGACGGAGGUGCCCGUGGGAGCGGGGCUUCCUGUUCUGUCGCCUGCUGUGGCUGCUUGAGAGUGCUGGGCGACAGCGGUGGGGCCACCGCAGACCUGCCGCCCCGGCCGGCUCUGCUGGGACUCGGCUGUGAACCGCAGCGUGUCUCCCUCGUGCCGACAGAGAGCCUGUCAGACAUUCACAGGACACCUGUGCUCAUUGACAGCUCGAGGCCACAAGAGCCAGGCUUUGGCCUUCUGACCUCACAGCGGGCUGGAGGUUGUAGCGCCAUCUGGGGUGGCCGAAGGUGGGCCGAGUGGCAGGGUGAAUGACCCAGGACCAGAGAGCCUGUGCAAACCCUGGGUCCUGUAGACGUGGGCCAGGCCCUACCUGGGCUCCUGGGCCUCAGUGUCCAGACAGCAGGUCCCAGAGCAGAGGGUUCCUGGCCAGCUGUGGGGGAAGGGGCACUGAAGGGCCAACCUUGACCAGGAGGAUGGAGGGCUUCCUGCAGGAGGUGCUGCAUGCUGCUUGGAUAUACAGAGUGCGAGGAAUCGGCCGGAGCCGUGUCUCGGCAGCUCGGGACGGCGGAGCCGAGGCGCGCGCGGGACUCCCGAGACAGGCUGAAGCCGCGGUGGCUGCAGUAGCGGUGGCAGACACGGUUCGCGAUGGCGCCCCCGCUGUGGGCCCUGACGGCGCGUCCGCGACCUGGGGCCGGGGUGGGGCCUGCACCGCAGCCCUGCUCACCCCAGCCCCGGGCACCCUGGCGGGGGGCUCCACGGGCCCAUCAGCUGCAGCCUCCUUCUUCAUCAGGGCCGCCCAGAAGCUCAGCCUGGCCUCCAAGCGCAAGAAGCCCCACCCACCACCAAGCCCUGCCACCCGCGGCGCCCCCACCUACCCCUCGGACUUCAGCGGGGUCCUGCAGCUGUGGCCGCCCCCCGUCCCUCCCUGCUUGCUCAGGGCUGCCGUCAAGGCCAAGGACAAGGACAGCCCUAGCGGUGCCAGAAAGGUGAAGGUCAUGCUGCGGAUCUGGCCAGUGCAGGGGGCCCAGCACUCGGCCGAGUCCACGGCCUUCCUGAAGGUGGACCCUCGGAAGAAGCAGGUGACCCUCUACGACCCAGCUGCCGGACCCCCUGGCAGCUCAGGUCCCCAACGGGCCACCACUGCCACGGCUCCCAAGAUGUUUGCCUUUGAUGCCGUCUUCCCCCAGGACUCGGAACAGGCCGAGGUCUGCUCGGGGACAGUGGCCGAUGUGCUCCAGGCAGUGGUUGGUGGGGCCGAUGGCUGCGUUUUUUCCUUCGGCCACACGAGCCUUGGCAAAUCAUAUACCAUGGUGGGGGAGGACCGCUCGCCCCAGAGUCUGGGCGUCAUGCCGUGCGCCAUUUCCUGGCUUUUUCGGCUUGUCGGUGAGCGCAAGGAGAGGACGGGCACCCGCUUCUCUGUCCGGGUCUCAGCCGUGGAGGUGUGCGGCCAGGACGGGAGCCUCAGGGACCUGCUGGCCGAGGUGGCCUCUGGUGGCCUGCAGGACGCCCAGUCUCCAGGCGUGUACCUGCGGGAGGACCCUGUCUGUGGGGCUCAGCUCCAGAACCAGAGCGAGCUGCGGGUGCCCACGGCCGAGAAGGCGGCCUUCUACCUGGACGCGGCCCUGGCUGCCCGCAGCACCAGCCGGGCGGGCAGCAGCCAGGAUGCCCAGCGCAGCUCACAUGUGUUCUUCACACUGCAUGUCUACCAGUACCGCAUGGAGAAGUGUGGCAAGGGCGGAAUGUCUGGAGGCCAUAGCCGUCUGCACCUCAUUGACCUGGGCAGCUGUGAGGGGGCACCUGGCAGGGGUGGGGAGGCCCCCGGGGGCCCCCUGUGUCUGUCCCUUUCGGCCUUGGGCAGCGUCAUCCUGGCUCUGCUCAGCGGGGCCAAGCAUGUGCCCCAUAGGGACCACGGGCUCACCAUGCUGCUGCGGGAGGCCCUGGCCACCGCCAACUGUUGUGCCACCAUGAUCGCUCACGUCUCGGAUGCGCCCGCCCACCAUGCUGAGACUCUCAGCACUGUGCAGCUGGCUGCCCGCGUUCACCGCCUGCGCAGGAAGGUCAAGUACACGUCCAGCUCCUCGGGCGGGGACAGCUCCUGUGAGGAAGGCCACGCCCGUCGUCCCCAGCACCUGCGGCCCUUCCACCCCCGCUCCGUGGCCCCGGACCCCGACCGCCUGUUCCCUGGCUCGCCUGGCGACCCUGACUACUCGUCCAGCAGUGAGCAGUCCUGCGACACCGUCAUCUACGUGGGGCCUGGUGGGGCGGCGCUGUCAGACCGCGAGCUGACCGACAACGAGGGCCCGCCGGACUUCGUGCCCAUCAUCCCCGCGCUGAGCCGCCGCCGGCCCCCCGAGGGCCCCCGAGACGCGGACCACUUCCGCUGCAGCACCUUCGCAGAGCUGCAGGAGCGGCUGGAGUGCAUUGAUGGCAGCGAGGGCCCCUCGGGAGCCCUGGGUGGCCCGGCCCGAGGGGGCAGGAAGCCUUCCCUGCCUGACGCCGUGGCCCUCAGAAAGGCUGUGGGCUCCCCGCUGGCUGCCAGCACACCUCGAGGCAGCCCCAGUGCAGACACCCACCAGGGUGCCUUGGAGCCCUCCAGGGCUGGAGGUGAUCAGAGGGAUGGUGUCAGCACCAGGCCUGAGCUGCCUGUUCUGGACAAGGCCGUGGGGGGUGGAGGCCGGAGGCUGCUACCUGGCCUGGCCCCUCCGCCGCGGCAGCCAGAGGCCAGCAGAGCCCCAGAGGAGCCCGGGGUCCAGGGUGCCGAUGGCGUGGUGCGGACUCCCCCCGUGGGCACGAGUGGGCGGGCAGGCUGCCCCCAGCCGUCUGAAUGGGGCUGCCAUCUGGAGCGGGGCCUGCUGACUGCCACGGUGACUUUGCAGCAGCCCGUGGGGCUCAACGGCGAGGAUGAGCUGGUGUUCACCGUGGUGGAGGAGCUGGCCCUGGGCGGACUCCCAGGCCCCGGGCGCCCUGCCAGCCUGGCCAGUUUCAGCAGUGACUGCUCCCUGCAGGCCCUGGCCUCGGGCUCCAGGCCGGUCAGCAUCAUCAGCAGCCUCAACGACGAGUUCGAUGCAUACAUCCCGCAGGCCCCCUGCGGGCCCUUGGACGGGGCCGCCCACGCGGGCAGCAGUCAGAGCUCCUCCUUCGGCUCUUGGCUCAGCACGGUCGGCGUGUGCACGGCCGACGGCCGUCACCCCACGCCGCAGCCCCCCUCUCGGGCCAGCCCGGACCCUUCUGGUCCCGACUCGGUGGCAGGGCCUGACCCCCUGGGCCCCCCAACCCUGGACAGCUCCCUAGAGGGUGGCGGCUUUCUGUUCUCAGGGAAGGGCCGGCCAGACAGUCCUGGCCCAGCCUGGAGUCCUCGUUCUCGGGAGGAGGCCACAGCAGCCCCCAGCAGAGCUGGCAGGGAGCCCCAGGCGGUGCCUCCCCGGGGGGCAGCCUCAGCACAGACUCUCCACUCCAGCCUUCCCCGGAGACCGAGGACUACCUCCGCGGCCGGUCACGUGGGCUGCCCUCGUCAGGACCCAAGCCUGCCUGGCCCUGGAGACGCGUUCGAGGACCCCUGGCUGCCGCGGGCAGAUGAACGUGUCCCGCUGCAGAUGGCCUCUGCCGGCAGGGCCCCCAGCCCGGCUCUGGUGCUGGCUUGUGCCCGCAGGGUGGUGGAUGGCUGUGAGGUGGCAGGCAGGGUGGCCCACAGGCCGGAGGCCGCGGCUCAGAUCCCACCCCUGCGGAGGGGGGCCACCACGCUGGGUGUGACCACGCCCACGGCAUCCUGUGGGGACGCCCUGGCCGAUGCAGCGGCCUGCGUGGGUAGCCUGAAAGUGGCCCCUGGCAGCAAGAAGAGCACGGCUGCCAAGGGGGGCCUCUUCCUGCGGCCUGGUGGGGUGGCCCCUCCAGCCCCGCCCGUGCGCAAGUCCAGCCUGGAGCAUAAGAACGGCCCCGCCCUGGGCCCUCUCCAGGCAGGGUGCCUCCCUCGAGGGGAGGAGGAGGCCAGGCCUAGUGGCCGGGCUGACCCCUCCAUCCCCCGGGCCACGUCCAGCCUGAAGGCCCGGGCUGGCAAGGCAGAGGCGGCGGGCCGUCCCACUGCCCAUGGGUCCCUCGAGAGGCGUGAGGGCCUGGCGCACAGCAAUGGCAAGGCCAAGGAAGCCCCGGGCAGGCCCCCCCGGGCUGUGCCCAGGCUGGGGGUGCCACCCGCCAGCCUCACGCCUGGGCCUGCUGCAGCCUGUAGGGGUGGCCCGGCCAGGGGUGUGGGGGCCCUGAAGCCCCCGGCCAGCGGGGUCAAGGCCCGCAGCUUGGCGGCCGGCGGGUCGAGGGCCCUGGGCUCCCCAGUGAAGCCGCUGGGCCCUGUGGCCGGCAGGAGCCCUGGCGGCCCUGUGACAGGUCCCAGGGCAGCCCCACGGGUGGCUCCCAGUAUGGGGGCCAAGGCCAGUCGAGGCACCGUCAUGGGCACCAAACAGGCGCUCCGGGCCACCCACAGCCGUGUCGGUGAGCUGGUGGCCGGCGGGGCGCCUGGCAGAGGUGGCCCUGCGUGGGGCUCGGCCGACUCGGACAGCGGUAACGACAGCGGUGUGAACGUGGGUGAGGAGCGGCUGCCCGCAGGCCCGGCACUGCCCUCGCCGUACAGCAAGGUGACGGCCCCCCGGCGGCCCCAGCGCUACAGCAGUGGCCACGGCAGCGACAACAGCAGUGUGCUGAGCGGGGAGCUCCCGCCCGCCAUGGGCCGCACGGCCCUGUUCUACCACAGCGGGAGCAGUGGCUACGAGAGCAUGAUGCGCGACAGCGAGGCCACCGGCAGCGCGUCCUCCGCCCCUGACUCCAUGAGCGACAGCGGGGCUGCCUCCCCGGGUGCCCGCGCCCGCAGCCUCAGGUCCCCCAAGAAGAGGGCCACAGGUCUGCCACGGAGACGGCUGGUCCCAGCCCCACUGCCCGAUGCCACCGCCCUGGGCCGCAAGCCCAGCCUGCCUGGGCAGUGGGUGGACCUGCCCCCGCCCCUGGCUGGCUCGCUGCAGGAGCCCUUCGAGAUCAAGGUGUACGAGAUAGACGACGUGGAGCGUCUGCAGCGGCACCGCCCACCCCCGAGGGCAGACCCGGCUGAGCCCUCCCAGGACGUAGAGAAGGGCCUGGUGUGCGCCAGUGCAAAGCUGCGGCUGGCCGAGCGCAGGCAGCAGCGGCUGCGAGAGGUGCGGACCAAGCACCGGCACCUCUGUGAGGAGCUGGCUGAGACCCAGGGCCGGCUGAUGGUGGAGCCUGGCCGCUGGCUGGAGCAGUUUGAGGUGGACCCAGAGCUGGAGCCCGAGUCGGCGGAGUACCUGGAGGCCCUGGAGCAUGCCACGGUGGCCCUGGAGCAGUGUGUGAACCUGUGCAAGGCCCACGUCAUGAUGGUCACCUGCUUCGACAUCAGUGUCACCGCGCCCACUGCCGCCCUGGGGCUGCAGGAGGUGGACGUCUGAGGCUGGGCAUCGGGACCGGGGGGAGGGGACAUGCAGGGGCGAGAGGACGGGACGUGGGGUGGAGCGAGGAUGUGGUGCGGGUUGGAGGAAGGCGGAUGCAGAGGGUCCAGUGCAGGACUGGGGUCUCGGAGGCAAUGGAGUUAGAGGGAGGGGAAGGCCCGCCGAGCGGCGGACAGGGAGGAAGCGCGCGGAGACGGGAGGCAGCCACUGCCCAGACAAGUGCCUUUACCCUGGAAUUGGACUAAUGUCCUUUGUGCGUUUGGUGCUAAGAACUCACAAUACCAGCAGACUGUGUGCGGCCGCGGCCGAGUGGUGGCUGUGGUCGUCCGGAUUCUGGGCUGGAGCCAGUGGCGCUGUUCCUCUCACCUUCACAGCCAAGCAGUUCCAUGCAGCAGGGCAGCCCCGGGCUCCCCAGGCCACUAGUUGAGGAUCAGGGUUAUUUUCCUUUACAGCUCUUUCCUCUCAGCAGAGCCGGCCUGAGGGUCUCCAGACCCUUCCCUCUGCAGGUGAUGCCAGUGGGGUCUCCCGGGUGGGGUACCCCAGCCUCUGUUCCCCAGGGCCUGCUUUGUCCUGAGGGCACAGAGAGGGCAGUGACCAAGGGCAGGGCUGGAGGCACACGGCCAGAAUUCUUACCAAAACCACAAGCAAAAACCAGAAAAACCAACACAAAAAAAAUGGGCGAUAAGGGUUUUGUAAAGGUUCUGUUAGGUUCAUAUUUUUGUAUCAUUUUGCCUAUAAAUGCGGUAUUUGCAGUGGGAAUUUCAAGACAAAUGAUCUAUGUUUUUAUGGUUUUCUAUGAAAGGUAUUCCUCAGGCCAGACUCUUUCUGGGGACACCCUGGGCAGGACAGGGGUCCUGGGGAGGCACUUCUUGCCAGAUGCAGACCAGGGGUGAGCCUGCCUGUGGGUGGCAUUCCCAGCAGGGUAGGCUCUGUUUUCUGACCAUUGUGCAUUUUCUUGGGGCAGCCAAACCUUUGUACAAAUCUGUAGAUAACAUCUUGCUGCAGCUUUUGUGAAUAAAAGAUGCAUCGAUUGUU